GUAUUAAGGUUCGUACUAACAUUGGUAUUAAGGUUCAUACUAACAUUGGUAUUAAGGUUCGUACUAACAUUGGUAUUAAGGUUUGUACUAACAUUGGUAUUAAGGUUCAUACUAACAUUGGUAUUAACGUUCGUACUAACGUUGGUAUUAAGGGCAUUAAGGUUUAUGAUAAUAUUGGUACUAAGGUUUGUAUUAACGUUAGUAUUAAGGUUUAUACUAACAUUGAUAUUAAGGGUAUUAAGGUUUGUGUUAACAUUCGUAUUAAUAUUGGUAUUAAAGUUCGUACUAACGUUGAUAUUAAGGGUAUUAAGGUUCAUGUUAAUGUUCAUAUUAAUAUUGGUAUUAAGGUUUGUACUAACGUUGGUAUUAAGGUUCAUACUAACAUUGGUAUUAAGGUUCGUACUAAUAUUGGCAUUAAGGUUCGUACUAAUGUUGGUAUUGAGGGUAUUAAGGUUCGUGUUAAUGUUUGUAUUAACAUUGGUAUUAAGGUUGGUAUUAAGGUUGGUAUUAAGGUUGGUAUUAAGAGUACUAGCAUUGGCAUUAAGGUUCGUAUUACUGUUGGUAUUAAGGUUCGUAUUAACAUUGGUAUUAAGAAUAUUAAGGUUCAUAUUAACAUUGGUAUUAAGAUUCAUACUAACAUUGGUAUUAAUGUUCAUACUAAUGUUGACAUUAAGGUUCAUACUAACAUUAGUAUUAAUGUUCAUACUAAUGUUGCUGUUAAUGAUUACGACUCUAAUACUAUUGUAGAUACUAUUGAUUCUAUUAUAGUUAACAAUACGGAUGAUGAUAAUGAAAAAAUACGAGAACUCACAGAUAUUCUAAUAAAUCAUACUCAAACCUGUUCUAAUACACAAUCUCUAUACAUAUUUGAAGAAAAUGACAAGUAUCGCAAAUUUACUUUACCUCUUCAAACAUAUUAUGCACGAAUAAAGAAGGAAAAAUCAACUAAAAAAAUAAACUUUAUAAAACCUCAAGGAACAUAUAAGAAUAAUGCAUCAGGUGUCUGGACUGAACUAUAUGUUUGUUCUCGUGCUGGUGAAAAGCAAAUACACUAUGAUCGUGUAGAAAGAGGAAACUCACAAAAAAGCAUCAAGUACAAAAAAAGUCAAAGAAAGUUGGCUGUUGGUCAUUUGAAAAAAUCUGAAGAAAUCAUUGCUGAAAUAAAAAAAUUUGCAUGUCAAGGAUUGUCGCUUUCUGCUAUCCGUCAACUAAUGAAGGCACCAGAGGAACUAACAGAAAGUGAAACAAUCAAAAUAUGGCUUCGUAUGUUGAAGAAAAAUGGAUGGGAGGAGCCAAGAGCUGUAAUGUUAGAUAAUGAUGAUGCAGAGAUAAGUGCUAUUCAUAAGAAUCAUGAUAGUUUGUUUCAUGAUCUGAACCAGUUACUUAAUAUUGAAAAUGAAAAUCAGGUAGAUGUCACUAUUAGUAAAUUCGAACAAAAAUGGCAAAAUAUAUUAGCAGUACAAUACUUUUUUGAAUAUAAAAAAAAAAAAGAAAUGUGGAUUAAAUCUUAUCAUCAUAACUAUGUUCGUGGUACAAAUACUAAUAAUUAUAUCGAAGCUUAUCAUAGAAAGAUUAAACAUAUGUAUCUUGUAAUGCAUCUUAAUCGAUGCAUUGAUUUUCCCAUUAAUGAGUUGGCUGUGAAAAUUUUAAGAGACUAUCGUGAAGAAACAAUUCGAUAUGAGUUAAAUAUUGGAAAGAUGGGCUUGCAUAACAGAAUUUCUCAAAAAUUUGAAAUCAAUUCAAUUAAUAUUGAUGAUGAUUCAAUUUUUCAGUUAAAUGAAUCUGUGUUUAUUAUUAAACUAACCCAAAGUGAAUGUGAUUAUAUAGUUGAACAUUAUAGUGAUGAUUUCGUCUGUAAUUGUAAAGCAUACCUAAAAAAUCCUACUUCUUGUAAAUACAUAUUUGCUGUUUCGUGUAAGUAUAACAUUGAGUUAAUAGAGCAAAAUACUUAUUUACCUUUAGGCAAUGGAAAGCAACUUGAAGAUAUUAAUGUUGUUGGUCAAAGUGAAAUGCUAGAAGAAGUCAAUAAUUCUAUUGAUUAA